GUCGCGACUUCCCUUGAGGUUCCAGUCCCGCCCACCAACCAAAGCCUAGACCAUGCUUGGCUAGCGCCUCUCUCCGCGCAACCGACUGCUCAAAUGUUCGACUUCUUUCACGCCUGCUUGCCUGCAAACCUCGCCCUCGUCCCCUGCGCUGUUCCGUGGUGUCAACUCGCCCUCCGCCACAUAAGCCCGCGCCCGCCGCAGCUCUGCGCAGCUCUGCACGCGACCACCUGCCCCACAUCCCUCGUCAUCAGCCGUUGUAGCCAUGGACCACAAAGAAGUCGCGCUGCGCGGCAAGGCGAUUAGCAAGGCCAUCGAGGCGAAGGAGCCCAGCUCGUCGAUCCUGAAGCUGUUGAACGAGCUCAAAGACGGCAUCAGGCCGACCGAGGAUCUGCUGCGGCAGACCAAGAUCGGCGUCACCGUCAACAAGCUGCGCCAGCACGCCGACCCGGCUGUCGCAUCGCUCGCCACCCGCAUGGUCACCAAGUGGAGGGAGGACGUCAAGAACAGCAAGGGAGUCGCCUCCCGACCGAAGCCUUCCGGCGCCUCAAAUGGCACUUCGUCUCCCGCGCCCGUGCCCUCGAAGACUGCGUCACCAGCGCCCACCCCCGCGCCCGCAGCUGCGAAGCCGAAGCACGGUGUUGCGCCCGAGAAGCGGAAUGCAAAGACGGACAACAUCAAGUACCAGGUUACCGGCGAUGAGCAGCGCGAUAACUGCGUCCGGCUGAUGUACGACGGGCUGGCCUUCAUGAGUGAUGAAUCUCCCGCCGAUAUCCUCAACACAGCCCGCGCUGUAGAAAACGCCGCAUACGACGGCGCCGGCUCCCGCGUCAACGAUGCCUACAAGGCAAAGAUCAAGUCGCUCUUUUCCAACCUCAAGAACAAGUCCUCGGUCCACCUCCGCAAGCGCGUUCAGUCCGGCGAGAUAACCCCCAAGCGCUUCGCCACCAUGACGCACGAGGAGAUGAAGUCAGACGAGCGCAAGGCCGCCGACAAGAAGCUGGAGAGGGAGAACAUGAACAACGCCAUGGUCGCCCAGGUCGAGAAGUCCAUCUCCAAAGAGUUCCAGUGCGGCAAGUGUAAGCAGCGCAUGGUCAGCUACAGCCAGGCGCAGACCCGAAGUGCAGACGAACCGAUGACGACGUUCUGCGAAUGCAUGAACUGUGGCAAUCGCUGGAAGUUCUCGUAGUUUGGGCCGCUUUGGGAGAGCUUAGAGCUCCUGGUGUGUGUGUACGGUGCGCGGGCUUGAUACACGGACCUCUCUUUCAAUGUGCGUUGGGCGAGGUGAUUCGGGCAGAGGGAGGCGCUCCAUUGGAACUGGCGUUUUCAGGGCAUGUGGGCGGUGUCAUGGGUCAACCGAUCUUCGGAUCUUGUAUUUUCUUCCGAGCGCGAUUUCGGGUUGCGACAGCAGCCAUCUCAGUAGGCUUUAUUGGGGUCAGACCUCGAUUUGAUCCCUCUGUGAUGCUAUGUGUCUUUUGUCUUCCGGUGGGCUUUGGCUUCGCUGGAACCAUGGUCAAACAGUUGUGUAGAGUAGUUUGGACCUGCCCGUGAGGCCUUUCGGCAGAAUUUAUGCACGAACACGUAAUAUCAUAGAUCGAGCCGAAAGGAACAUCCUCUUUUCACAGUGGAUGACAUAAGGCAUGGGAAC